AUGGAACACAGACAUAGAGCAGGCCCUUUGAAACAGAGUAAUAAGACAUUCAAAGCUGGCAAGCAUGAUAGCAAGGGUCAAAUCAAGCGUAGAGCAGCAGGAAAGAUCGAACAGAAUACACCAAGACAAGGUGUAAAGUCAGGUGCCGUAGUCAAAUCACGCUCAGCAGAGAUCAGACAGAAACAACUAAAGAUGACCCAAUCCAAGCGUGCUGAGGCUCUCGAGCGUGCCCGUCUUGGUCUUCCCGAUGUCGCCGCGCCUCGCAUCAUCAGCGUUAUACCAUUGAGCGAGAAUGUUGAUAUCAAGUUGAUCAAGUCACAGAUGUUGAAGAAGUUUGAGUUGAGUGGCGCAGAGUUGGAGAGCAGCCAUACGACAGUUAGUUUGACAUCAAAGGUGCGCGCGACAUUCAUUUGCAUCGAUAGUAGAGAUAUUGAGACAUUGAUUCACUCGGUGAAGCUGGCAGACAUCAUCCUGUUCGUGGUCAACCCCGCAGAGUUUGAGGUUGGCGGCAUCGCCGGAGGCGACACCAAGUUCGACGAGAAGGCCGAGCGCCUGUGCUCGGUGAUCAAGGCACAGGGCGUGCCAUCGUCCAUGCUGCUCAUGCAACACUUUGACAAGAUCGCACAAAAGAAGAAGAACGACGUCAAGAAGCAGCUGACCUCAUUGUUCCACUUCCAAUUCCCCGACGAGCCCAAGGUGUUGCCCGCAGACGACGAUAUGGGACAGGUACUGCGUUUCGUUGAGGCGAUGCACAUCAAUGAGCCAGUGUGGAAGCAGGCACGUCCAUACAUCAUGGUGGAGGGCGCAGAGAAUGACGCCGCUGGCAACCUCGUGCUGACAGGCUUUGUCCGUGGCAACUCGUUGUCGGCCAAGCAGAUCAUGCAUCUGCCAGAGCUGGGCGACUUCCAGAUUGAGAAGAUCGAGCAGGCAGCAGACCCCCACCAGACCAGACACAAGAAGGCAAAGGACGAGCAAUCAGCGAUGCAGGACAGCACUGCCAAGAUAUUGGACAAGGCUGAGCCAGAGGAGAGAGAUACACUUCAAACACACAACAUACCCGAUCUGAAUGAGCAGGAGCAGACCAUGCCAACAAACGAGGAGAUUGAGUUGGCUCAAGCCAACAGGAAGAAGAAGGUCUUGGUGCCCAAGGGUACCUCUUCAUACCAGGCAUCAUGGUACCUCGACGACGAGGAGGAGCCCGAGGAAGACUACGAAGACGAGGACGGCGAGGACGCAGAGAUGGGCGAGCAAGACGAUCAAAUGGACGAGCAAGAUGGCGAGGAGCAAGACGGCGAGGACGAGGAAGAGGAGCUGGAAGAAUUGGAGCUGAAUUCAGACAAGUGGAUUGGAAAGUCAAAGGAGGAUAUAGAGAAGAUUAAGAAGGCCGAGGAAGAGGAUGCCGAGGAAGAUAUGAAGGACGAGGAUGAGGAUGAGGACGAUGAGAGCGACGACGAGGACGACCGCGGAAAGGAGAAGAACGAGCUGGAGUUCCCAGAUGAAGCCAACACACCAACAAACAUUCCAUGUCGCGUUCGUUUCUCAAAGUACCGUGGCCUUAAGAGCUUCCGCUCGUCACCAUGGGAUGCCUACGAGAAUCUCCCUCUGGACUAUGCUCGCAUCUUCCAGUUCCACAGCUUCAAUCAAUCAAUGAGAGCAUCUUCGGCCCUGCAGGAUAAGGCGCCAGUCAAGCCAGACCAGUAUGUUAGGAUCACAUUGGCUGGAGGACCAAGCGCCGCCCAGGUCAUCGAGGGCCGCAACACACCACUGGUUGCAAGCGGACUGAUGCGUUACGAGAACAAGAUCUCGGUGCUGCACUUCCAGUGCGAGAAGCACCGUCACUACGACGAGCCGGUCAAGUCCAAGGAGGAGGUCUACUUCCACGUCGGCUUCCGCCACUUCUCGGCCAACCCCAUAUACAGCAUCAGCGCACCAAACUGCGACAAGCAAAAGUACGAGAAGUUCUUGUUUGCUGGCCGCAACACAGUGGCGACAGUAUACGCGCCAGUCAUGUUCCCACCCGCACCCCUGCUCGUGUUCCGCGACCGCUCUUGCGCGCAGCUGGUGGCCACAGGCCAUCUGGCAAGCGUGAACCCCGACCGCAUCAUCUGCAAGCGUAUCAUCCUGACCGGCUACAUCGCCAAGGCGCUGAGCAGGAAGUUUGUGACUGUGCGCGACAUGUUCUACUUCCCCGAGGACAUUGAGUGGUUCAAGAAGAUUGAGCUGCACACCAAGAUGGGCAGGGUCGGCCAUAUCAAAGAGUCGCUCGGUACACACGGCCGCAUGAAGUGUCUGUUCGAUGGCAAGAUGAACCAACAGGACACUGUCUGUCUCAACCCUUUACAAGCGUGUCUAUCCCAAGUGGGUACUGCCGCUGUCACCCGAGGAGCAGGCUGUGGUCGACGCGUCUAA